GAGUCGCGUUCAGUGUCAUUCUUCAAGUUGAAGUGUGCAUUACCGGGUUUCCCACUAUUGUCCGACGCAGUCCUAGUUGUUAGUAGUGCACGUAUAUCAAAAUGUCUCAGCUACCAGUGUACAAUCCACCAUCUCCCUUCCUCGGAUAUAUGCCGGCCGGACUCGGACUGUAUCGUAAGGUGGUCAUUCGCGGAAAGAUGACUCAUGACCAGUUCAACAUCAAUCUCCAGUCCGGUCCCAAUGUGAACCCCCGCGACGACGCCCCACUGCACAUGAGCAUUCGACCGAGGGAUCAGGUCAUCGUGCGUAACACCUACCAGUUCAAAAGCUGGGGAAUCGAGGAACGGCACGGAGGAUGUCCCAUCCAGAAGCGAUCCUACUUCGAUAUCCAGAUCACGGUCAAACCGGACACCUACAGCAUAGCGGUGAACGGGUGCCACUUCUGCGAGUUUGCCCACCGGCAACCGUAUGCCUCGGUGCGGUUCGUCCAUAUCGGCGAAGGUGCCCAGGUGGAUGCCAUCGUGAUGGAGUGAAAUUUUAUAAAUUAGAGAUAAGGUCGUUAUCGACGUCUGCGCCGGCCAUGCGAUAAGGAUGAUUGAAAGUUAAUCCCAGUGUGAAGGGGAUUUUUGCGAUUUUGUUUAUCGAUAUAAAAUGUUUACGAAAUCGAUAGAUUAUGAUUAAAACUUGAGAGUGAGAUUGUGUUAUCGAAAAU